UGGUAUAAAAAAAAAAAAAAAUUGGUAAGAAAGAACCAAAAAGCCUUCUUCUUUCUUUCCUCUGCGACAUGUUUGCCCUGAAACCUGCCCUUUUUUUCAUUCCUUUCGCUUUGUUUCUCAAAAUUUGUUGAGCAAUUUCUUAUCAUUUCAAAUGCAACAAGAUUAAUUAGCAGAUUAACAACUCCUUUCUAGGUUACACCUGGGAGCUUCACAUGGGUUCCAAGCAUAUUUGCCGGAAAAUCCAGUGAAGCACAUCUCAUCUUCAAAAGUGCUUUGUGGAAGAAAAUCAGGUGCUGAACAUAACAAGAGAAUGCAAUGGGGGGCUCCAGUGGGCCAAGGCUUUCUGGAAUGCAGAGACAAGUACUUGGUCUAUACAGAGGGUUUCUGCGAGCAGCUCGUUUGAAAAGCAUUGAAGACCGUCAGAAAAUUGAAUCAAUUGUAUCUGCUGAGUUCCGCCACAAUGCUAAGCAUGUAGAUCGCAAAAAUUUCCUUUACAUUGAAUACUUACUGCGUCGUGGUAAGAAACAGCUUGAUCAGCUCAAGAGCCCUGAUAUUGAUGGUUUAUCAUCCUUGGAUGUUGGUUUGUCCCAGACACAUCAUACUAAGGCUUGAAGUAAGAAAAUGAUUUUUUUUCUUAAUUUGUCAUUUGCUAAACUAAAUUCAAUCCAUCCUGAUUAAAUUGAAUUUAAGAGGAAAGAAUAAUUAGGAUUAAGGCCAUAAUCUAUUUUAAAGAUUUAUUGAUAUUGCAGUUUAUUGAUGAUAUGUACUCUUUGGCAAUAUGUACCAAUGAAUUUCCAACAAUAACAGAUUAUAUUGAGAUUUAAAGUUCAAAUUCUUUUA